AUGAUGCUGGAAAAGUGCUCUUUCUGUAAAAAAGGGGAAUGUAUCAAACCUGUAAAAGUGGAAAAAAAGCCUGGGAAAGCAGCAGCUAAGAUCAGAAUUGAAGCUGAUGGAAGCUAUUUUCAGAUCAAUCAGGAUGGAGCAGCACAAAAACUGGAAAAGGCUAAAAUUACUCUGAACGACUGUUUGGCCUGUAGCGGCUGCAUAACAUCAGCAGAGAGUGUUCUGAUCACGCAGCAGAGCCAUGAAGAGCUCUGCAAAACGCUGGCUUCUAACAGGGCUGCUGCUCCCAGCGGACAGAAAUUGGUGGUGGUUUCUGUUUCACCGCAGUCCAGAGCUUCGCUGGCUGCAAGAUGCAAAAUGGGUGUUCUGGAAACAGCAAAGAAGCUGACCGCGUUCUUGAAGAGCUUGGGUGUGCACUAUGUGUUUGAUACAACCUUCUCGAGAAACUUCAGCCUGGUGGAGAGCCAACGGGAGUUUGUAAAACGCUUUCGAAAGCAAGCUGAAGACAAAAAGGCCUUGCCAAUGCUUGCUUCUGCCUGCCCAGGUUGGAUCUGCUACGCCGAGAAAACCCACGGCAGUUUCAUCAUUCCAUAUAUCAGUACCGCCAAGUCCCCUCAGCAGGUCAUGGGCUCCUUGGUCAAGGGCUAUUUUGCAGAACAGCAGCGCUUAACACCUGACCAGAUAUACCACGUAACAGUAAUGCCCUGUUACGACAAAAAGCUAGAGGCUUCAAGGCCAGACUUUUUCAACCAAGAGUACCAAACUCGUGACGUGGACUGUGUAAUCACCACAGGAGAAGUGCUGAAGUUGUUGGAACAAGAAGGAGUGUCUCUGUCAGAUGUAGAUCCUGCUCCUUUGGAUACCAU